UAUAUACUGUAAUCCCUGGAAAACCAACAUGGACCCUGAAAACCACUGGUCUGUAGAGGAAACAGUCUUGUCCGGGUCCCAUUCUCAGGGUCCAUGGUUAGUUUUCGGUGGGCGCAACCCCUGGAAUGUUGCGGACCCUAGGGACGACGACCCCACUUUGGGACGGAGCUGCAAGCCUUCCGGACCAGAGUCAAAUCCUCCAAUCAGCCGGUGGUUCUUGGAGAUGACUGUCGAGAAAGUAGCCAGGAGACGGAGUCUUUUGAUUCCUUUGUUCUCAAGAAGAGACUGGGUGCGGAUGGGUACGGUAUGAUUUUCAACCAGAUCACACUUUUGAACUCUCUUUUCAGGUCUUGUUUUGGGGACCAGAUGUGCCUUGCCACCUCUUGACCAUGCAAUCAUCCACCUCUAGAACCUCACAAAGAUCUUUGGUCGAGUUAAUCCAGCUUUUGUUCUCAGGUUUUUCGUGUGCACGACCAUACUUCGACACCCUGGCGGGCCUGAAGAUCAAAUCUGCCCCCAAUCAAGCUUUUGGAGGGUUCGUCACCCUGGUUUCGUGGCACCUGGUUUCGUGGUUUCAUCGUCAAUCUCCGCCGAACCUCUCCUUGCUCGAGACAAGUUGUCUGCGGAAUUGCCCCGGGCAAGCAGAGGAGGCUUCGAACAUGGCACGAAGCACCAGUUGCUGCGAAGGUGUUUGGGGCAGCGCUGAUGCUGCAGUGGAGAUCAUCCGCCCCACAGGUGGUGACCCUUCUCGUGUCAUCCCCGUCUUGGAGUCGGAGAACACCUUUGGCUGGGGCCCAUUGGCAAUGGCCUGCUAUCCGGCCAUUGCCUUGAUUUUACCCACAGUGGAUGAGCCUCGCUUGAAAUCUUCCCUGGCUCGUGCACUCGAGGCGGUGCCCACGGCAGCAGGGCGUUUCUGCAACAAUGGUCGAUCGCUGGCCUUAAACGGCGCUGGCGUGCCCUUUCAGGUGGUCCAAAGCGGCGAAGCCCAGGCGCCCGAGGUCUUGGAGGAGCGACAGCUGCUGGACUUUGCAGAGUUCCCAAAUCCAGGUGCCGUCUACCGGGGCAAAGCACCUGUGAUGGCAGUGAAGCUCACGAUCUUCAAAGACAACUCGGCAGUGCUUUGCAUGAGCCGGUCACAUAUGUUGUUUGACGGCACUUCCGCCUGGACCUUCCUCGCCUUUUGGUCUGCGCUGGCACGGUGCGAGGACGCAAAAGUUCCUGUUUGGGAUAAAGAGCAGGUCAUCCAACUGAUUCCGGAUGAAGAAGAGACGUUGCAACUGGGGGAGAAAGAGAUUGGCAAGAAGAUGAGUGCAGGUCCUCACAACCAGGCCAUCAAAGCUAUUUUCACACUCUUGAGCAAGCCGUAUGACAUGGCUUUCCGGCAGUUUGGUGUCAGUCUCCAUAGGGAUCGGCUCUACUUCUCCGAUGGUGAGUUGGCCGCGCUGAAGAGCUUGGCGACUCCCAAGAUCGUGGAGCCGGGCAAGGACAACUGGGUCUCAACUCAGGAGGCGUUCUGCGCAUAUUUGAUCCAUACCUUGGGGCAUCACUUGCUGCCAGCCAAUUGUCAGGACGCCUGCAAGCUGCUUUUCUUCCUGGACCCACGAAAAAGCCUGGGUCUUCCAGCCAACUUGCUUUUGGGCUCAGGGAUGGUGGUGAUGACCUUCAAGCUCGAGAAGUUCAUGAGCCUUACUUUGACCGAGAUUGCUUUUUCCUUGCAUGAGGCCCUAUCCGGCAAAGAGAGCUCGAACAAUAUGAAAGCGCGAUGGCGCUUGGCAAGUGGAGCACAGGAAAUCGGGAGAGUCUUUGACCUCUACUCGGAGUUUAUGAGCACCAAAGGCUGCAAGCUGGUGUUGGGUGUGAACAACUCCUCCAAGCGGCAGCUGCCGGACUUUGGCGGAGGCCGCUGUGAGAAGACGGUGACCAAUGCGGGUCCUUCGAUCUUCCUACCUGCCAAGGGUGGAAUGGAGGUCUUCUUGGACUCUCAGGUGUUCUCGAAGACGGGCUGCAGCAAGGCUCAAAAGCAGAAGGCACUGGAGGCGCUUCGCUCCGAGCUUCCGAGGCUCUGAACGGGCCGCUUGGUGAUAGAUCUGGGACGGGUGGUGCAAAGCGCAGAGCACCCAGACAUGGGCACCUGCCAGCGGGUUUGAUGCAGCUACUUUUGAGGUCCAUUUUUGCUGCUAGUCCCCGGUGUCGGAGCAAAGGGGUGCUUUGCGGACCCGCUCUCAUGGAAAUACCAAUCUUUUGUAAUUAGUGUACAGUGUACCUCAAAGUACAGCAGCACGCAGCUUUUUGAUGCUCUUUGGCUGUGUUCUGAGUCCAUCCACCUGCAGUGGUGAGAUUGAUUGGAGAGGCUUCAUGUGGCACCAGUUCUCCUCGAUUUUUCGGAUGGCCGACAGUCACUUAGUCGCUCGUGCUGGCGCGAGUUUGCCGUCGGCCCGUCGCACGGUCUAUGACCUGGUGUCCCUGAAAGACAUGAAAAAACAGGCAAGGCCGGCCGGCCUCUUUUGCAGGAUGUCGUGCUCUUUAAAGAAGAGCAUACGGAGCAAAGAAUAGAUUUGAUAUCUUGGUGGCCAUUGAGGAAACAGAGUGAAAAAGAGCGUUCAAAGAAUGCGGCAGGAAGCCAGAUGGUUUGUCAUUGUGUGCUACCGUAUAUGUUUUCGCGCGCACUGUGGCUGUUCAAGCGUUUUCAAGGCUGUCUUGGC